CAGCUGCCUCACAGGACCAGUGGCAAUAUUCCCCAAAACCUUGUGGAAUACUCGUCAGAAUAUUCGAACUUUAUCAUCCAAGAGAGAAUUUACAGGAGGAAAAAAAAUGAAACUAAUCUUCCAGGCCUUCCUCUAUUGCUGCCUGGUGGCCACAGCGGCGCACUGUGCGCAACUCGAAGUCAACCCCAAGUUAAAAAAGAGGCUCAGCAUAUGGCUCGGGAGCAGACUCAGACGGGAUCUGGACGGCAAAACUGCAAACUCUGAGCACUUCGUCAGGCAGGAGGACUUCAGGGACGCCAUGCCGUCACAUUCCAGCACCGAAACCAACGUGCGAACCAAGAGGUCCAAAGGUUCCGGCAACCAGUCCAGAAGACAGGGUUGCUCUCUGGGGACCUGCUCGGUGCACGACCUGGCGCACCGCCUGCACCUUCUGAGCAACAAGCUGAAGACGGGCAACGCUCCCACCUCCAAGCUCAGCCCGCACGGAUACGGCCGCAGACGUCGCGCCCUGCCCGACCGCAGAGUCGCGCUGAGGCUGGAGCAAGGCAGGCUCAGGCCCGCGUGGAGCACCACCGAUUCCCAGGUCCAUAAGCUCGAGGCUCUGCUCAGGCAGACAUGAACGGGAAGGGGACUUUGCGAGAAGGAAGAACAAAGGCCGAGGGAGUCUCUGCUCUGCUCUGCUCUGUUCUGAAAUUCUCCGAAUGCCUCAGAUUUGCCAAGUCUUCUCCAGCAUUUUUCCAGGCCUGGGGACCAAGUCAGAACUAAAUCUGGCCGCACUGAAGUUUUCUUAAAGCGCCGAGCCUUUUGCUGCUCGGCGACGUGGAGCAAACACUGGAUGGAUGAAUGGAUGGAUGGGACCGCGUGGAGCAAGUCCAGGCGCUGCUGGCUCUCUGCCUGGCAGGGUGGGACCCAAAGACAUCCUCCGGUGGCCACAGAGCGGACGCUCGCCAUUCCUCCUCUACUUUGAUGAGCGCUAUCCACCCCGCGAGGGUAGGAAGCUGCGGGCACUUUUCCCGUCGGACUCUGACGAACGAUCGGGAGGAAGACGAUGUGCGGGGUGGUGGUGGUGGGGGGGGGGGGAAUGGACGCUCUCGGCUUAUAUCACGUUUUCGGGCACUGUAUAAAGGAAAAUGAAUGCCUUAAGAUUCUGUGAGUUAUGUGCCAGUCCACAAUGGAUUGAAAUAUACUUGAAGUUGUUAUUUGUACAAAAACACGUGCAAUCUAGAUGUCUUUGGUCCUUUUUUUUUCUUCCUUCCCAUUUGAGAUACUGUAUAUGUAUAUAUGAAUUCAUUUAUUUAAUAUUAUAUAGAAAUUACAUUUGAAUACUCAUAGAACUAUUUUUGUACAGAAAUUAAUAUACGUACGGUAUAUGGGCAUUGUAUUUGUCAUAUUUUUUUUUUUUUUUUGCAGACUGCGGUCAUGAGAUUGAAUUUGGUAUACGUG